GUCAGUACUUCCUGCUUGGGAGAAAACGAGCAACACAUUGCGGCUGUACUCUAAAAACGUUGUUCGCGUGCCAGCCCGGUUCACCUCGAAGAGACAGAAGUGGACCCAGAGACAAUGUCUGUGAUGGAGCGUGGGGUCGUCCGGCCAGUCACAGCAGUGGCGUGGACCUCCAACACCAGCACCUGCCCCAUUGAUUUCACCCUGAUCAGCAUCACAGAAGACGGAGCAGCAGCGAACUUUACACGCAGCUUUGCGAUGAAAUCUGGAUAUUACCUCUGUUACAGCAAGAACCUGACAGCUGGUGUGGUUGUGUCGGACAUUCAGCUCAUCUCAGACAAGGAGUCUAUUCCUCAUGGUUACUGCUAUAUAGCAGAGCACCUCGAAUCAAAGGCCUCCGUUUGGAAGAAGAAGCGUGUGUGUGUACGCGUCGUCCCAGUGGGCAGUGUGGACACAGCUGUGUUGGAUAUCAAAGUGACUGCCAAAAGCAAAAUGAUGUUGCAGCACUACACAUAUGUGGGCGACGUCCAUGGCUACGUGUUGUGGUGCAGAAAGGGCCAUUUUUCCAGCCCCAUGCCUCAGGCAAAGCCCCGCAGUGUCAGCCUGGACAUGCACAGAAUCUCAUUGGAGCAGCCGUCUGCUCUUCUGCCCCUUCGACCCAGCAACCCCCUUCAUCUACUGCCACAAAAUAAAAUGAGUCAGAGACGCCACAGCCUCAACAUCAAGGACAACUCGGACAAACCUGCUGAUACCCAGGGGAUCACAGCUUUAGAUGGAGUUCCCUUUAGCCUUCAUCCAAAGUUUGAUAUCCAGGCCAACAGCAUGGCCCUUCAACUGAACUCUCAAUUAAACAACAUUCGUAUAAAGUCCUUUCAAGACAUUGAAAAUGAGUAUAACUACACUUUUGCGAUGGAGGAAUCUGCUGCAAAGAGAACAAGACCAUCAGUGCCAACAGAAGGCGCCCAAACAGCUCAGUGAUCUUUGAACUUUGACAAAGUAACAAUGUCAGACUUGUGUGUUUCGCUGUGUCCAAAAGCGUCCAGCAUAACACCUCCCAGCAUGGUACAGUCGAAGGAUAAUCACACCUACAUGUGCACUGUAGGCUUCUAAUAUUGGGCAUGACAAUCAUACUUCAGAGAGUUUAUUUCUCUUGCAUUCCUUUUUAUUUGUCUAUCAUGCCAAGUCGACACUCCAUCACCAUCUUCAAGCAUUCCACGUUUCUAUUUGCCAAAGGAAAGGCCUGUUUGAAGGAAAUCAUACUCGUAAUGAUGUUGUUGCCCUAAAAUGUUUUUUAGACCGUUACAGGGUUAAAGACGUAAUGAAUCUCUGUACAGUAUCUGCUAUUUGGAGACGACUCAUCCGCAGCAUUACGCCCAACUUUUUCCAGAAUUUAGACUAAUUGUAUGCUUCACAAAAUGCUCAAUCAUAUCAUAAAUAAUUUCUUAAGCAGAGCUGUAAUGUUGAACUUAGCUGCAGACGUCGAUCUGAACUCCAUAGAUACACGAACAUAUCUAAAUGUCGAAUAUAGAGUAAUUCUUCAUAAAGAGUAGUCUACUACUACAGGUUUGUAUUAUUACAGACGAUACAUAAUAUAUCUUAUUUUAAGGUGAAUGGAGGAAGGUUGUAUAUUUAGCUCGGUGUGUCAUACUUACGAUGUGUGGGGAAAAAGGGAGAGAAUCUGGUUGUUGUUUGUUUGUUUUUUUAAUUAUCAGGUGCAAUAAGGACCAAAUAUUUAUCUUUUGACAUUGUACAAUAUAUAAAGACAUGUUUUAUUGUCUGCAUAGUAAACUUUUAUUGCAUGGAAAAAUAAAAACCAAAAAAACACUA